UUUACACCCCUGACUUAACUGUGUGGCAUAAUCGUGUCGUUAGUAACAUCACAGUUCACAACUAAGGAUAUGUAAACAGACAAAACAUCUUUCAAAAUGAUAGUAUUCAUACUUCUACCGCUCCUAGUGGCUACAGAAUGGGUCGAAAUAACACAGAACUAUCGGAAAGAAUACAAACCAACUAGAUAUGAUUAUACUACAAGCAAAAAUAUAUACAGUAAUCAGUCAAUUGUGGAGCAUCAAUGGAGUAAAGGUCACGUCCAUAGAAUUAAUAAUCCGAACGACAAAAGAAUACGAACAAAUGAACGAAUACAAGGAAAUACAAAAAGAAAUCCUUACCGUGAAGACUUCAUUUCUACCGAAAAACUCGAACGAACUGAUAUCAAGGAUCAAGAAACUAUAAGUCAACACCAUUACGGUAAUCAAACGAAGAUGAACCAACGUAUUGAUAACGUUUCUAGAAAUAAACAAGAAAGUGUAACUAAAGUAUUUGAAACGAUCAAUUAUGAUCGACCUGAUGCUAAAGAAAAUAAGCUAAACUUAAACAGUACAAUAAAAUCGUUUAAAAAUGUUAUUAAAAAGGAAAGUGUAGGGAAUAUUAAGGAAAAUAUUCAUGAAAAUGCAACUACGCCAUGUCCGGAUUUUACCAAUAAAGAUUAUAAAAAUAAUAGUACCAAAAAAAACUUAAGCAAUGAGGAUGAAAUUAAAACCAAAACUAAUCCAAUGGAAACGCUAAUAAAAUUCCUAAAAGUGGUUUCGCAAACUAUUAAACACGGGACAAGAAGAACUUUUAAAAGCAAAAUUAGAUAUUUAGAAGAUCUAAGAGAUACUUUAAUGGCGAACAUAGAAGCUAGAAUAGACUCAGCAUUUCCUGAUGAAGCAGACGACCGCCGUCGGCGUAGAGCCGCGAGGUUGGAAUCCCGCGGUCACGUUGAGUUCCCCUCGUCUGAAAGCGCGCUCAUGACCAUAUCAUUCCUGACCUUUGCAGUCUUCCUCAUCAAACUGGUAUUGCAAGUGAUCCACACGUACAAGGCUAAGACGAUGAUGGUGACACCUGCGGUCGUAGCAACAGUUGGUCGAACAGUGUUCAAAAAAUCAACGCACAAUUAACAUUCUUUUACAUAAAUUACGCAAA